AUGCAGCCUGAGGUCCACAUGUCAUUGUCGAGGCACCGCUUUUUCUCCUUGAUAGUUAAUCAAAACCAGCGGUACAACAAGAGAGAGGGAGAGGGACACAAAGGGAAAGCAGCAGCCAGAGCCCAGAGGACAGCGGCGCUCGGCAAGCAAAGCAGCCGCUUACCCCACGAGGCACGAGCGGCAUUGGCAUCGUCGCCGGUGCUGCUGCUCCUCCUGCUCCUGGUGGGCGGCUGCGCCGGCGCCGUGUACAAGGUGGGCGACCUGGACGCCUGGGGCGUGCCGCCGCCGUCCAAGCCCGACGUCUACAAGCGCUGGGCCAAGUCCAUCCACUUCGCGCUCGGCGACUCCAUCUGGUUCCUGUACCCGCCGAGCCAGGACUCGGUGCUGCAGCUGGCGCCGGAGGCCUUCGCGUCCUGCGAUCUGUCGCGCCCCGUGGCCAGGCUCGCCGACGGCAACUCGUUCUUCAACCUCACCGCUCCGGGCCGCGCCUACUACGCCAGCGGCGCGCCGGGCCACUGCCGCAAGGGCCAGAAGCUCUGGGUCGACGUCCCCAUGGCCAACGGCACCUACCUCCAGCCCUCUGCCACCGACCUCGCCGCGCUCGCCCCCCCCCCGCCGCCGACCCCCCGCCGGGCCGGAGACGACACUCUAAUUGUGUGGUCAUGUACCAAGUCCCGGUGGACAUCCAAGCAUCAGAAUAAUGAGGAAAUUAUGAGUCUUUCGUGGAAUGAAAGUGGGAAGCUCCUCUUAUGUUGCACCAAUAAAGGGUACAUAGCCAUCAUCAGAGAACAUAUGGGAGCUUAUGAGGUGAGUAUUAGGAUGUCAAUAGGUAAAAAUCAACCGGUCUCAUGCGCAAUGUGGACUCCAGGGAGCGACAAGUUUGCUGUUGCAGCUUUUAAUAGCAUCCAAAUGUAUGGGGUCAAAGAUGGCAAUGAGGGUGUGGAAAUUCAUGAGGCUUUGCAUCUAUUAACUCCAAGAAAAACAAGACAAGUGGAUUUAAAUCCCAAGAAGGCAGCUGUCUCUAAAGAAACAUGGCAGAUCAGCACCAGCAGUGAGCAGUACACUCGUAAGCUUCGUAGCUUCAGUCAAGUUUUAAGAACUAGAUUAUUAGAGAGAAUACAUUUAGCCUCAAGGAAUGGGUUAAGCUGUAGAGGAGACCUUUUUAGAGAGGAACACCUCUUUCCUUUGCUUUUUAACCAUGUGGAAGAUGUGGACAUGCUUACAAAGAUCAUGGGAGGGUUCCCACAGCGCCCAAGUGGGGUAAAAGAAACCAGCUGUGGGGUGGUGGGUUUGCUAGCAAGAGCUCAGUCACAAAAGCCUUAUAAGAGAAAGUCACAAAAGCCUUAUAAGAGGAAGUUGCAGAUGUAUGAGUUGUGUUUUAGUGGUGUGGCUCUAUCUUGA